AAGAAGUUGAAGGCGCCUUCAUCCACUCGUCUCACUCGAUUUUAUGUUGAUAUUGCGAAAAUAUCAAAAUUAAUUAAAAUAUACUGCUUAAGUGCGUCUAUUAAAUAGCUGUUUCAUAUUUAAAACGUUUUGAUAGCACUUAAGCUGUAGUACGAAGACAAUUGCGUUGUGUAGUGGUUUUAAUAACAGUUUUCACGAUGGCGAAGUGUGAUUCGUUUCACAUGCAGCUAACAACCAUCAUGGAUAUAAUGACCAAAACGACUUUGGCUCAAAUAUGUAGACUCUUCGAAGAGGAUUCGUCGAAAUUAAGAAGAGAAAUGUCAAGGGUGAUGGAGGAAAAUAGAGUCCUCCAAGACCGAUUGCGUCACCUUGAAAUAGAACUUAAUAUCACGCGACAAGUGGAAAAAGGAGCACACGAACGUACAAAGACAUACCAUACCCAUACCAUAGAAAUACAGACGGUAGAAACCCACCAAGGCGUCGAGAAAGAGAAUAACGUUACAGGUCUUAACCGUGCACCAUCAAUCGAUGGGAUAUUUGGGAAGGAGUGGUGUGCAGACCUAUGGAAAGAUGGAGUUUCGCGGGGACGUACUUCUGAUUACUUUGUGGAUGAGUGCAGGGAGGACGAACAAGACCAAAUUGAGCUGCUGACCAUAAAGGAGGAGGAGUCAGAAGUAGACAUCUGUGACAGCAGCAGCCGCCAUCAAAGCACUCCGACCAAAAAGAAGGGAAGCUGUGUGUCCGACAGAAGCGAGACAUCAUCCGCUGAUGGACAUGUCCCAGACACAGUCAGGAAAAAGGAGGAAGGAGCCUCCAUUUCUGAAGACUCCACUGAGGGCUGUGACAAUCUGCUGGACUCAUCCAGAGUCUCUGAGGGUCAAGAAACAGACUUCAUUAACCUGGAUGGAACCACUGGGAACUAUAUCAUGACAGUGGCUGCAGCUCCCUGCAUGGGAUACGAUCAACACUGUGUCCCAAUUGAGUACGAGUAUGAGGCCGGAGAGGGGGAAGAAGUGAUCAGAGAGCUUAUAGCCUUUGAAGGGCUAUCUGAAAACCCCUCACAACAAGCUUUCCUGGAGACGCAAGCUUUUAUAGGGGAUGGAGGUGAGGAGUCCUUCAAUUAUUUUGACAGAUUUGACCUUCAGGCACACCUUCAGCAAACUCCAAAGAGGAAGAACAAGUUCAACUGCAAACUAUGCAGGAAGAAAUACACCAAGUACGAAACCCUCAAGACGCACAUGAGGGUUCACAAGAGAGAGACCAUAAACCGAUGCCGGGUUUGCAAGAGUGUGUUCCCGCAAAAGAACCUUCUCAGAACUCACAAGUGCGCUGUCGCCCUGGCCAACGUCAAGAGCGGGGCCAAGCACUGCUGCGAGUACUGCGGUAGGGCCUUCACCACCAGUGCCAACCUGCGGGUGCACUACGCCGUCCACACGGGUGAGAGACCACACAAGUGCGACAUCUGCGGGAAGAGCUUCACCCAGAAGGGCAACCUGAACAUCCACAGACGCAUCCACACCGGCGAGAAGCCCUUCUCCUGCCCCGUGUGCAACAAAGGCUUCUCCCAGAAAAUUAACCUGCGGCACCAUUUGCCCAUCCACGGGAAGGCUGACAAACUCCCGAAGGAAAAUUGCACACCCAGCAAGAAAGCGAAGGAAGAUUGCACACCCAGCUUUGACAAGAAAGCGAAGGAAACUAAAACUACCGAUUGACCUAUUUUUGUUUUCUUUUAAAUGUAAUUAUUUCUUUUAUUUCAGGUCAUUGUUUUUUUUAACCGGCUGAUAGAAGUGUUUAUUUUUUAUAAAUAUAUACAUGUUGGGUCAUUUGUUUAUAAUGCCAACAUACUUUAACAAAGCAUACACUAUUCAAUGUGUUAGCCUAUAUCAAAACAUAAUACAAAGCUAUAUAUAUAUAUAUAUAUAUAUAUAUAUAUAUAUAUAUAUAUAU